AAAGCUGUCCUGUUGACAAAUAAGCCUGCAGAAACCUACCAGUUAACAAAGGACUUAUUUGCUCCACAUCUGCUAAAAGAAGACACGAUCACGUACGAAGCGAUAGUCGAGCGACUUCAGAAACAGUUAAAGCCACAGAAGUCAGCAUUUGUAGCCAGCUACGAGUUUGAUAAUCGAGCAAGAAACGCUGGAGAGACGGUGAAUGAAUACGUAGCUGUUUUAAUACAUUUAGCUACAGAAUGUAAGUUCAACGAAACGAUGCGUUGA